AUGUCCUUUGACUCCAUGCAUGGGAUACAACUGGGCUACUGGGGUGUAUUUAGAUCUGAAUCUGUAGUGACUGACAAGGUUGCUUGGACUGUGGUGACUGGCAAAGUGGAUGACACUGGAGGCGGGGGCUGGUGGGCUAUGGCAUACGCUCUCAAGGUUUCACCUGGCUUUUGUCGCCUUUCAUACGGCUGGAGACGUACCUCCGAUGGAGAAUGUGACUCAAAUACCUGGUACAGUCUUUCAAAGAUCUGCUCCGCUGUCGCCUUAUCAGAUGCUGGCCAGGGCAAAACCAACUCAAAAUACAAUGAGUUACAUGGGACUGACAGCACAUACAGAGCUCCUCCCUCACACUUCGAUGAGUUACAUGGGACUGACAGCACAUACAGAGCUCCUGCCUCACACUACGAUGAGUUACAUGGGACUGACACCUCAUACAGAGUUCCUCCCUCACACUACGAUGAGUUACAUGGGACUGACACCUCAUACAGAGUUCCUCCCUCACACUACGAUGAGUUACAUGGGACUGACACCUCAUACAGAGCUCCUGCUUCACACUUCGAUGAGUUACAUGGGACUGACACCUCAUACAGAGCUCCUGCCUCACACUUCGAUGAGUUACAUGGGACUGACACCUCAUACAGAGCUCCUCCCUCACACUACGAUGAGUUACAUGGGACUGACACCUCAUACAGAGCUCCUGCCUCACACUUCGAUGAGUUACAUGGGACUGACACCUCAUACAGAGCUCCUCCCUCACACUACGAUGAGUUACAUGGGACUGACACCUCAUACAGAGUUCCUCCCUCACACUACGAUGAGUUACAUGGGACUGACACCUCAUACAGAGCUCCUGCCUCACACUUCGAUGAGUUACAUGGGACUGACACCUCAUACAGAGCUCCUGCCUCACACUUCGAUGAGUUACAUGGGACUGACACCUCAUACAGAGCUCCUGCCUCACACUUCGAUGAGUUACAUGGGACUGACACCUCAUACAGAGCUCCUGCCUCACACUUCGAUGAGUUACAUGGGACUGACAGCUCAUACAGAGCUCCUGCCUCACACUUCGAGGAGUUACAUGGGACUGACACCUCAUACAGAGCUCCUGCCUCACACUUCGAUGAGUUACAUGGGACUGACACCUCAUACAGAGCUCCUGCCUCACACUUCGAUGAGUUACAUGGGACUGACACCUCAUACAGAGCUCCUGCCUCACACUUCGAUGAGUUACAUGGGACUGACACCUCAUACAGAGUUCCUCCCUCACACUACGAUGAGUUACAUGGGACUGACACCUCAUACAGAGCUCCUGCCUCACACUUCGAUGAGUUACAUGGGACUGACACCUCAUACAGAGCUCCUCCCUCACACUUCGAUGAGUUACAUGGGACUGACACCUCAUACAGAGCUCCUGCCUCACACUUCGAUGAGUUACAUGGGACUGACACCUCAUACAGAGCUCCUGCCUCACACUUCGAUGAGUUACAUGGGACUGACACCUCAUACAGAGCUCCUGCCUCACACUUCGAUGAGUUACAUGGGACUGACACCUCAUACAGAGCUCCUGCCUCACACUUCGAUGAGUUACAUGGGACUGACAGCUCAUACAGAGCUCCUGCCUCACACUUCGAGGAGUUACAUGGGACUGACACCUCAUACAGAGCUCCUGCCUCACACUUCGAUGAGUUACAUGGGACUGACACCUCAUACAGAGCUCCUGCCUCACACUUCGAUGAGUUACAUGGGACUGACACCUCAUACAGAGCUCCUGCCUCACACUUCGAUGAGUUACAUGGGACUGACACCUCAUACAGAGCUCCUGCCUCACACUUCGAUGAGUUACAUGGGACUGACAGCUCAUACAGAGCUCCUGCCUCACACUUCGAGGAGUUACAUGGGACUGACACCUCAUACAGAGCUCCUGCCUCACACUUCGAUGAGUUACAUGGGACUGACACCUCAUACAGAGCUCCUGCCUCACACUUCGAUGAGUUACAUGGGACUGACACCUCAUACAGAGCUCCUGCCUCACACUUCGAGGAGUUACAUGGGACUGACACCUCAUACAGAGCUCCUGCCUCACACUUCGAUGAGUUACAUGGGACUGACACCUCAUACAGAGCUCCUGCCUCACACUUCGAUGAGUUACAUGGGACUGACACCUCAUACAGAGCUCCUGCCUCACAUUUCGAUGAGUUACAUGGGACUGACACCUCAUACAGAGCUCCUGCCUCACACUUCGAUGAGUUACAUGGGACUGACACCUCAUACAGAGCUCCUGCCUCACACUUCGAUGAGUUACAUGGGACUGACACCUCAUACAGAGCUCCUGCCUCACACUUCGAUGAGUUACAUGGGACUGACACCUCAUACAGAGCUCCUGCCUCACACUUCGAUGAGUUACAUGGGACUGACACCUCAUACAGAGCUCCUGCCUCACACUUCGAUGAGUUACAUGGGACUGACACCUCAUACAGAGCUCCUGCCUCACACUUCGAUGAGUUACAUGGGACUGACACCUCAUACAGAGCUCCUGCCUCACACUUCGAUGAGUUACAUGGGACUGACACCUCAUACAGAGCUCCUGCCUCACACUUCGAUGAGUUACAUGGGACUGACAGCUCAUACAGAGUUCCUGCCUCACACUUCGAUGAGUUACAUGGGACUGACACCUCAUACAGAGUUCCUGCCUCACACUUCGAUGAGUUACAUGGGACUGACACCUCAUACAGAGCUCCUGCCUCACACUUCGAGGAGUUACAUGGGACUGACACCUCAUACAGAGCUCCUGCCUCACACUUCGAUGAGUUACAUGGGACUGACACCUCAUACAGAGCUCCUGCCCUCUUAUAUGUGGCCACCACUAGAAGGCUUUGCAGUGGGAAUGUUAUAUGGUCUCUGAAGAACCAUUUAGCAGGAUUAGGAUGUCUUUGUUACACUGUGACAUUCUGUGACAUUGUGUUAAAGUGA